GCUCGUCAAAUUUUGUUGUUUUCAUUCAACAAAUUCCCUGCCAUCAAAACGAAAAAAGUUUAAAUUCUAUCAAAAUUUUAAGAGGAUUUCGAUUGAGGCCGAUCUGGUUUGCCAAGCACCAUGCCCGCGGUUGAGGAGUCACAAAUAAUAAAGUAUCUAUCGAAGUAUAAGUACGUGGGUGCCACCAAGAAGGACGUGGUGGACGUGGUCACAUCGUACCGCAGCUUGACCUACGACCUGCAGAGGUUCGUGUUUAACGAUGGCAGCUCAAAGGAAUUGUUCACCAUACAGGGCACUAUUCCCGUGGUCUACAAAAAUAACACGUACUACAUUCCUAUUUGUAUAUGGUUGAUGGACACUCAUCCGCAGAAUGCACCCAUGUGUUUUGUCAAACCCACUCCCACCAUGCAGAUAAAGGUCUCUAUGUAUGUGGAUCACAAUGGAAAGGUCUAUUUACCCUACCUGCACGACUGGCAGCCGAACUCCUCCGACCUUCUCUCGCUCAUCCAGGUGAUGAUCGUCACCUUCGGAGAACAUCCGCCGGUGUACUCAAAGCCUAAGGAACAAAUCGCAGCACCAUAUCCCACGAACUCUUAUAUGCCUGGCGGACCUGGUGGCAGCAACUCGUUUCUGCCUUAUCCUACAGCUGGCGGAGCUGGUGGCGGCAACUUUCCACCGUAUCCCACAGGAUCCAACUUCGGACCGUAUCCCCCGACACCCGCUGGUCCAGCUGGCGGAUCCGGCUAUCCGCCAUACAUGAAUUUCCCGCAACCAACAGCGGGUGGUUACCCACCAGCAGCGGGAUAUAACCCCUCUAAUCCCAGUUCCACGGGCACUAUUACCGAGGAGCACAUCAAAGCAUCACUCAUUAGCGCUGUCGAAGACAAGCUGCGCCGCCGAAUCCAAGAGAAGGUUAAUCAGUAUCAUGCGGAGAUCGAAACUCUCAAUCGCACCAAACAGGAGUUGGUCGAGGGCAGUUCCAAAAUCGAUGCCAUUAUAUCGCGUCUCGAGCGCGAGCAGGUUGAUUUGCAAAAGAACAUAAGUGUACUAAAGGAUAAGGAGCAGGAGCUGGAAAAGAGCUUAGAAACUCUGGAAAGCGCCGAGGCCAUUAACCCCGACGAAGCAGUGACCACCACAGCGCCUCUAUACCGACAGCUACUCAAUGCCUAUGCCGACGAAGCGGCCACCGAGGAUGCCAUCUAUUACCUGGGAGAGGGUCUCCGUGGAGGUGUCAUCGACCUGGAGACCUUCCUCAAGCACGUACGCCAGCUCUCCCGGAAACAGUUCAUCCUGCGGGCCACAAUGCAGAAGUGCAGACAAAAGGCUGGUCUAGCCGGAUAGAAGAGCCAUGAUUUCUUUCGAUGGGGUAGUGCGAGCACGUGUAGACGAUUUAUAUGUUAGCAUAAAAUAUAUUCGAAAUUGUUUUAAGAGCAAAUUGAAUCUUUAAAAUUGGAAUUACAAUACACCUUAAUAAAACGAAGGCCUCAUGUAUGAUUACGCCCACGAUCA